UGUAAACUAGUAUAUUAAAUCUUGAUAACGUGCUAAGCAUUUAUUGUGGCAUAGGAUCGCACUUAGAACGCACCGUACUGUGGUCAAACGCGCUGUGUAUACAAUAUUGUGUCAUUAUGAAGAGUUUUAUUUUAUUAUGUGUCGUUGGCUUACAAUUAGGCUGGAGUCACGGUGAGCCAGACGGAGUAGGUGCUUUUGCAUACCAAGAUACAGACGGAAAUAGGUACGGUGGUACUUACAACCUGGACGACGGUCGGUUUAAUCAAAACUUUGCUGGAUUCGGUCCACCAUUCAUGCAAACAUUCAACAACAUCGACAAUUUCUUUCCAGAGUAUUUUAGCAACCUAGAAAACCUUUUGAGAGAGACAUUCAAAACAAACCUUCAAAACCAAAGGCUAGCGUUUACCGCGGCGAAGAAGGCUUAUGAUUUAACGUCUAACCAAGCCGGUUAUAUUCCUAAUUUCCCCACCAGGUACGACGACUUCGGAGGAUUUGGUGCUUUCCCAGGUUUUGCCGGUAUGAAUCAAGCAUUUGCUAGCGCCAUGGCUGGUCCAGGCUUCACUCAGCAGAUUGCUGCCAUUGAUCCUAACAAGUUCCAAGACAACGUGAAGGUGAUGAAUAGAUUCGCUGAUACCGAUGGUGGCUAUUAUGGCGUGUCUGCUUCCUCUUAUGCGACUUCAUCAGACGUAGACGGCAAAGUUACAAGCCACAGGGGAGCUGAAACUGUUGUCAACAACAACGGCAAGAUUACCAAAUAUAAAGUGGCGAAUUAAACAAUAUAUUACCCCAUGAUAUUUCAUUUAGGAUCUCACUGUUCGCAAACUUAAUUUGAUUGGCAUAUUUCGUAUUUAUUAUAACAAAAAUCCAUUUUUUUAAAUAAAAUUAUUUGAAUCU